CGGCAGUAUGAUAUUUGGAUUGCGUCGUAAAUGGUGUGGGUAGUUGUGUUGCGAGUGACGUCCCCUUUGACUGUAGAUAGUAGUGAAUAUUAUUUCGACCGAGUGAUUGACUGACUGAUUUGUAUAGCUGCACCAAGAAAGCAACGAUCGUUCCCUGAACGAUGAGUGUAAAUAACACUGGUGACGAGGAGCCGAAGAUGUCAAGACUGUUGAAAUUAGCGCAGAAGUUUAACUGCUUUUAUCUGAAUGGCCUUGUUAAGGGCAAUUGUCGCCCAUUUGUCGUGGACGGGCAGCAGGUUGGUCUUAUCACACAGAACGUAAUGGAGCAAUUACUGAAGUAUCCGGAGGUAUUCUGCGUUAAAAAUGCUGAACCAGGAAAACAGAAAAUCGUCGAGCUUAAUCCGGCCUUCCGGGACUACACCGAACGCUCGGAGCAAAUAGAUAAAGUGCUGCAGGAAUUUCGCUCCGAGGCCGUCUUUGUUGCUCUGAAAGGAUGGCGCAAUGAAUGUUACGAGGUAAAAAGCACAACGGAGUCACUUCUCAAAAUGGACCGCUCGGCAACGUGUCUUUUCGGCGUGCGCAACUAUGGCGUCGAAAUCAACGGCUAUGUUCGGCAUCCGACCAAGGGGCUGUGCAUCUGGCUACAGCAACGUUCGGAUACCAAGCAGACGUGGCCCGGCAAAUGGGACAACAUGGUCAGUGGCGGGCUCUCCGUUGGCUUCGGUAUCUAUCAAACCGCCGUCAAGGAGGCGGCCGAAGAGGCAUCUAUACCGCCGCAUUUGAUUAAGAACCUCGUUUCGGCCGGAUGCGUUUCGUUCUUCUUCGAGAGUGAACGGGGUAUUUUCCCCAAUACGGAGUUUGUGUUCGAUUUAGAACUGCCGGAAGAUUUUGAGCCUGAUAAUAGUGAUGGCGAGGUGCAGAAUUUUCAGCUGCUGCCGGUAAAGGAGUGUUUGGAACGAGUUUUCGCACCGGACUUCAAAACAACGAGUUGCCCGGUCGUGAUCGACUUUAUGAUUCGACAUGGCGUUAUUACUCCAGAAAAUGAGAUCAACUUUACCCAAAUCGUUGAACUUCUGCAUGUUCCAUUACAAUCACUUUACACAUACAGAACAACGAAGGUUAAAAACCUCAAUAAUGGUAAUAGUAUUCAGAAUGGCCGAGUUUAGCUUGCUUGUCAUUUUAACGCGCAAUAUGAUAGCUGCAUUCAAUCGACCAUAGCAAAUACGAAGCUAUAUACCUAUGCAUUCUCAAAAUUAAGGCAAGUUUUUUAUAAAUCAAAAUUGAUUGCAGAUAGGCUAUUUAAACUUAAAUUUAAAUUGUGCUAUGUAGGUGUUCACGUUUUCUAACUCUAAUCAAUAUUCUCUCAAUCUAUGAUACCGCGAAGCAGCAAAAGGUUAAAUGCGUUUGCUAUUACAAUCUGUAUAAUCGAGUUCCGUUUUUACGUAUAGAUCAUCCAUCUAUAUGUGGAUAAAAUUUUAUCUAGGUCAAAUGGCGGUAGAUAAUUUACGAUUUUACAUAAUUAGCAAUAUAUUCCCAGAUCAAACAAUUGAACAACAAACUGAUACACUAUCUAGCCAAUAUAAGACAUUUUGGGUAUUUUCGCUAUGUGAUUUUGAUCUUUGCCAUACUUCCUUAUUGUACUCUUCUUUGUUCCAUUCGUCAACACAUAAAAUGCACCAAAAAAUGAAUUUUUUGUAACUUUAGGUGAGACGCCCGAGGCAGUUUGAGUAAAUUAUAUUAAAAUAGCCGCCAAAACGGCUAUGUUUUACAGAGAUGAUCAUAUUUAUUUAUUUAUUGAUAAUGAAAUGAAAUAAUCAUACCUUAGAAUCACUCCAUGUGUGUUAGUAUACAAUAUUAUUAUUUUCCGGGAUUUAUAUGUCCGUCGCUGUAGUUGUUAAAUAGAUCCUGUAUUCCUCAUAUUUUAUACACAGAAACGUUUUCUUGAGAAGGAAAUGCUGGCAUCUUCUGUUUCAAAUAAUACUCGGUUUAAACUUAUGAAUAAUGCGAUUUGACGGAAAAUACAUUAGCUCUGUUCAAA